AUGACUAAAUAUCGGUACCCAAGCCUCUGCAAAGCUUUUCUAUGAAAUUUGGUAAACUCAGACAUGGUUACGAAAGCUAUUACUGGAACUAAUUUUAACCGAUUUUUGAAUUGUUCAACCGUUAUUCAAUGGAACAAUGCCAUUAGAGCGAGUGUCAAUGAGGGUAACCCUACUAAAGCUUUUCUUUUAUUCCGCCAAAUGAAGCAAGCAGGAUUUGAACCCAACUUUUUGACAUUUCCAUUCAUUGCUAAAGCUUGUGCUAAACUAUCCAACUUCAAACUAGCAGAAAUCGUUCAUACCCAUGUUGUAAAAUCACCAUUUUGUUAUGAUAUCUUUGUACAAACAGCAUUCGUGGAUAUGUAUUGUAAAUGUAAUCAAUUAAAUGUUGCUUACAAGUUGUUCGAGGAAAUGCCUGAUAGAGAUAUAGCGUCUUGGAAUGCCAUGAUGAUGGGUUUUGCAGAGAUGGGUCUUUCUGAUAAGGUUUUGAUUCUUUUGGUUCAAAUGAGAUUAUCGGGUUUUCAACCUGAUUCCAUUACGGUUAUAGCCCUGACGCAAUCGAGUUGUAAUAGUGCAAGUGGUUUGAAUGGGUUAAAAGCUGUUCAUUGUUUAGGAACUCGAAUUGGGGUAGGAGAUGAUGUAUCAGUUUCUAAUACUUGGAUUUCUGCAUAUGCUAAGUUUAAUGACUUAUGUUCGUCUAAGAUGGUUUUUAAUGAGAUCUCAGCUGGUUUAAGAACUGUAAUUUCAUGGAACUCUUUGAUUUCAGGAUAUGCUCAGUUUGAAAGAUUUUAUGAGGCUGUCAGUCUCUAUAGAAACAUGUGUCGUGAAGGGAGAAGACCUGAUUUGUGCACAAUUACCAGCUUGAUUUCUUCUUGCAUUCAUCCUGAAGCAAUUGCAGAAGGUAAACAAAUCCAUUCUCACGGUAUCAAAAUUGGCUGUGAUUCCAACAUUUCUUUGAUUAAUACACUGAUUUCAAUGUAUUCAAAGUGUGGAGACAUGGACUCUGCCCGUUACUUAUUUGACACCAUGUUGGAAAGAACUUGUGUUUCUUGGACGGUGAUGAUUAAUGGGUACGCAGAGAAAGGGGAUUUAGUCGAAGCAUUUGAUUUGUUCGGUUCCAUGGAAGAAGCUGGUGAAAAGCCGGAUUUGGUUACUUUGAUUUCUUUAUUAUCUGCUUGUGGACAAACAGGAAAUUUAGAACUUGGGAGAUGGAUUAAUAGGUACGUAUUUUCAAACAAAUUUGGACAGACUGUCAUGGUUUGUAAUGCAUUAAUCGAUAUGUUUGCGAAGUGUGGAAGUAUGAAAAGUGCCCGCGAGACAUUUAAGUCCAUGAGUAACAGAACUAUUGUUUCUUGGACAACUAUGAUUUCAGGUUCUGCCUUGAAUGGAGAAUUUGAGGAAGCUCUGAAUCUUUUCUUACAAAUGUUAGAUUCCGGUGUAAAACCAAAUCAUGUUACUUUUCUUGCGGUUCUUCAAGCUUGUACACACGCAGGUUUUCUUGAGAAAGGGUUGAAGUAUUUUGAUUUGAUGGAAAAGGCUUACAAAAUAUGUCCUAGAUUAGAACACUAUUCUUGUAUAGCUGAUCUUCUUGGAAGAAAAGGGAAGUUACAGGAAGCGUUAGAGUUUAUUCAGAAGAUGCCUUUAAAACCUGAUGCUGGUGUUUGGGGUGCUCUGCUUGGUUCUUGCAAAAUUCACAAUGAGAUAGAAAUUGGUGAAUUUGUGGCUCAAAAACUUUUUGAGCUUGAGCCAGAAGCUGCAGUUUCUUAUGUGGCCAUGGCUAAUAUUUUUGCCUCGAAAGGAAAGUGGGACAAUGUAGCAAAGAUACGUAAAAUGAUGAAAUCCAAUCGCGUGAAAAAAUCACCUGGUAAAAGUUUUGUUCAAGUGAACGGAGCGACACACUCAUUCACAGUUGAAGAUCGGUGUCACCAAGAAGGAAUAUUGAUAUAUGAAGUCUUAGAUGGUUUAGCUUUGCAAUUGAAAAAAGAUAGAUUAGAACAGCACAUGGAGUUCAUUCUCUAUCAGCAUGAGCUGGAGAAGUAAGCUUUCAGGAUUUGGAAGAUAAUCGUGAAUUUGAAAAAGAAAACUAGCAGGUUGAUUAAAUCGUGGUACAAGAGAUAGAAAGUUCAAUUAGACUUAAAGGUGCCUGCCAUAUUAUGGACUAGAGUGGAGAUGCAGCAAGUUUACUGCCGUGACAAUGUUAACAGAGAAAUCUGAGUCUUGAUGUUUCGCCAAAGUUCGGAACGAUAUUUUGGAGGUGUAUUCUUGAAGUUUCUUCCAACUUCUAAGAAGCUUGCCUACACCUUACCUUAAAUUGAUCGAAAGUACUAUGUUCUGCCACUUUCGGACUACCAAGCACAUUCUGCUUGACAACCACAUUAUACUACAGUUUAAUUUUCUUUACUAUGGGGUUACAGAACAGAUAGCCAGUUUGUUUCUCUCUACCAUGGGGUUACAGUAUAGAUAGCCUCAACCACAGUUCACGUCUUGAUUGGGUAGCUUCCUGGUUAAUCUUGGCGACCGGCUAGGGAAAACCUAGCCUCUGUAAGUACUCAUGUGAAACACUUUAUACUAGUAUGGUUCUUGACAUACUAGAGCUAUAUUUCUGAAUCACAUUGAAAGUUUGGACAGACUUUCAGAAAAGCCUUUUUAAAAGGGUCUAUCAAAACCCAUUAGGUAUGCCUUUGUACAAAGAACUGCACAUUUAAAAGAAAAAGAAGAUGCAAUAAUCUGUUUAAAAAA